UUUUCAGGGUAAACUCCGGUAAAUUUAUUUACAUUUGCUGUCAUGUUCCAGUAUAAAAAGAUAAAAGUGCGGAUUUAGGAACUGCGAAUAUAGGCGAACCUAUUAGACUUUAUUCAACGAUAGAUUUUGAGCGAAGCCUUGUUUCUUAUCCUUCUUUGCAUUUUUUUUUAGGAUUACCAUCAUUUAUGACUCGUAUAAGCUGUGCAGAUCAUACAUGUUCAUCACGUUUCCACCGUUCAUCCACUCCUUCAGAGAGACCCGGAAUAAAGAUGUGCUGGUCCAGUACGAAGACCACACUGCUCGUGGUCGCCGGUGUUUGCAUCUGCAUGAACGGAUUCAACGUGGCGUCCAGGGUGCUGGGACUCCGGGAACAAAUUCGGGAGGAGAAAUUUUCCGCCUACAUCCCGGACGUCACCGACAUCUCUAAAUGGGUAAGCGGCCGUCAGAACUCCGAUUACAUCUGCAUGGGCCUGGCUGGAGUGAGCUUAAUCUUCGACUUCCUGCUUCUGGGCGGCGCAAUGAGGGAAAGUGCCCCCAUGAUCCAGAUAUCUGGAAUCUGGGGCUCCGUCGACUGUGUUGUGGACGCCAUUGUGGGGUUCCUGUCGGCGAACUACACCGUGCCCACCUUCAGCCAGGAAGAAACCAAGACAGUGCACAAAGAUGGCCUUAGAAGGACUGGCAUGAGGAGACACAGAGCCAAGGGACAUCCGAGUCUGCUACUCAUGAAGGAGGUUUGUUGCAGCAGCUGCUGCUGAUGAAGACGACUGGGAAACAGGCGUGGAUCUCGACAAGGCAUCGCAUUUCGCAUUUUCACCACAGUCCUGGCAUCCCCGUUAACGACGCAAAAUA